UCUAUCGACCGCGUAGGCCAUUUAUUUAUAUUAAAUAAAAAUUUAAUUUUUUUUAAUCAUCAUUACUAUUUUUUUCCUCAUAUAUAUAUUAUAGAUUUUAUUCCACUGGAAAAAAAAAGACAUAACAAAAUAAGUAAUAACCAUUCUUUCUUACUGUGUCUAAUCGCCGUAUGUUCUUGAAAAACAUUCCUCUCUACAAAAAAAAUAUAUAAAAACAUUUACAGUAUAUAUCUAUGAACUACAACAAUUGAUUUUCUCGAAAGAUAGUGGGGUAAUCGUGUGUAUAAUUUUCUCGAGAAAAUCAUGAAGGAGAAGGGAGUAAACUGGUCUUCAUCCUUAACGAACCCAUGUCUUCCUUGGUCGAGUCCGUUGCUCCAUUGGCGAUUUGGGAUUCUGACGAGUCUGGUUCUUGUCGGCAUGGUUGUGGUUUGGAGCAUCGACGGUUGCACCAUAAGGACUUUUCUUGAAGCUUGGAAGUCUAACCAAGAUUUCCUCACUAUGAAGGUUAGUACCACUGGGCUAGAUAAUCUCACCCAUAUCAAUGGCGGUUUGCGUUUAAACUCUUCCAGCAUUGUGGUUAACCAGACCCAGAACCAGAGCCAGAACCAAACCAACUCGACCCGGUUGAGUACUCACUUCAAUUUUGAUACCCCACUUAAUCUAACUCAUUACGAGCCACUUUUGAGUCAGAACUCGUCUAUUAUUUCUAGUGAGUCGGACCAGAAUCUAACUCGUCCUGUAGUAGUUCCAACCCCGGUGAGUUUGAGUUGGGUUGAAGCUGAGUUAGAGCCAAACGUGACGUCUAAUCUCCUGGCCCGGUGGUUAAGUCCUGGAGGAUUGCCUUGCAGGGAUUCUAGGACGGUGGAGAUUGCUAUUCCUGGCUUGGACGGUCAGGAUUUGAUCGAGUUGCCAGCCGGUAAAAUCCAUGAAUUUGGGUUUCAAGCGUUGGAUGAGGUUAAGAAUCCUCGUUGUUUAGGUGGGGAUUACUUUGAGACUGAUCUUUCUGGGGAUUCAUGGAAAUCUAGGCCUCUAGUGAAAGAUUUUAGUAAUGGGUCUUACUCCGUUUCACUUCAAGUACACCCAGAUUUCGUAGGUACUUACAAUCUUACUAUAAUACUUCUUUUUAGGCACUUUGAGGGUCUUAAGUUUUCACCUUCUAGAUUUGCCUAUGAUAGAGAGGUUCGUAAGAUUCAAAUCAGGUUCUAUAAUAGCAGCUCUGCUCAAUUGCCAACGAUUCCAUUUUGCAAGGAAUCUGAUUUUGGUAGAGACAUUUGGUCUGGAAGGUGGACUAGGCAUGGAAGAAAUGAUGCUUGUGAAAUUGGAAAUGAUGGCCGGUACCGAUGCCUGGCUGCGAAAUUUCCAUGCCAGAAGCCAUGGUGUGAUGGCUCACUGGGGUCUUUGGAGAGUAAUGGUUGGGUUUACUCAACACAUUGUUCUUUUAGAUUGUUUUCAGCUGAUUCUGCUUGGAAUUGCUUGAGUAACAGAUGGAUUUUCUUCUGGGGAGACUCUAAUCACGUGGACACAAUUCGGAACAUUCUCAAUUUUGUCUUGGAUCUGCCUGAGAUACACUCGGUACCUAGACGAUUCGAUAUGAAUUUCACUAAUCCUAAGAACCCUUCUCAAACAGUUAGAAUCACAAGCAUAUUCAACGGUCAUUGGAACGAAACACAGAACUAUCAAGGCUUGAAUUCUUUGAAAGAUGAAGGGUUUAGGAACUUGGUAAAGAAGUACUUCUCUGAAGACACAGUUCCAGACACUGUAAUUAUGAAUUCUGGUUUACAUGAUGGAAUCUUUUGGUCUACCAUUAGAGCAUUCUCCAAAGGAGCAACUUAUGCAGCUUCGUUUUGGGCAGAAGUUUUGGAUUCUGUGAGGCAAAGGGGACUGAAAGCCCCAAAAGUUUUUUACCGUACCACAAUAGCCACUGGUGGGUAUGCAAGAUCUCUGGCCUUCAACCCAAGCAAGAUGGAGGCUUUCAAUUGGGUAGUUUUGGAGAAGUUUAGGCAAGCUGGGGUUGUAUCUGGUGUGAUUGAUAACUUUGACAUGACUUUUCCAUGGCAUUUUGAUAACCGUUGCAAUGACGGGGUUCACUAUGGCCGGGGUCCAGCAAAGAUGAGAUGGCGGGACGGCCAAAUCGGGCACCAGUAUUUUGUAGACCUCAUGUUGGCUCAUGUUCUGUUGAAUGCUCUAUGUGUAAGAUAGAAAGUUAUGCAAAUAUGUUAUGUUGCAGUUCAAAUCUGCAGCGGUUUUGAAUCCAUUUCCAGUCUUUUGAACAAGAGGGAAUUGGCUUUGUGGCGCUACAAAGUGAAUAUAAAUUCAGGCAUUGCCUGAAAUGCACGGCAGGAGGCAAGAAGGAGUUCUAGAAUAGCUUUGUUACUCAGAGAGGAAGUAAAUCUGAGGUAUAGUCUAGUGUGUUCGAUAUAUUGAUUCAUUUGAGAAAGAAAUGGCUGGCAUUCUUAAUUUUUUGGUGUAAGUAUUGAUUUUUAGAUACAUGCAUAUCCCACGCUUGUAGAUUAUUAUGAGGAGUUUUAAUUACUUAAUGAAAGAAUGUGUUGAAUUAGCUCAAA